CUUUGUUUUCAUUGCACAUGGUUUCUGUUUGUUGUUCAAUUUUGGAGUGAGAAUAUUUCACAAUUUCUUCAUGUUUUGAACUAUUUAUCGUGAAAUCAAACUGCUGAGCCAAGGCUUUGGUAAAGCGACCAAAUUAGACACGAAAGGUACGUAGAUUGCGUUGAAUUGGGUCCUAGUUUUGGUUUAGAAAACUGUGAUAGAUAAUAGUGCAUCAUCUCUGACACUUUGACUUGAUCUUUUGGGCAAGAUCACAAAUUGAUUCCCGCAUCAUCCGCGCUUAUUAACCUUGCCACACGAGAAGCGACCUUAGUGCUGAGCUGCUUGAAUUAAGUAGCCAACGAGAACCCACAGUCUCUUCAUGUGAGUUUUAUAAUAGAUCAAAAUGGUCACAAUGGAGGGACACGCAAACAAUCUUAUCAACGAUGUUGCUGUUGACUAGUGUUGAAAAUGCAUAGCUGCGUAGAGCUAGCGAGGCGGUUAUCUUGGCAAGUCUUUCAUGUGCGGCAGGCUUUAUUGAGACCUAUUUUUGACAAUGUUUUGGUUGUCAAAAUUUGCAAUGCAAAGUUUUCAGUUCAAUGUUUAUAUGACCCACAUUGACCUUCUGGGCAAAAUAUUUUGACAACAAUGACCUGCUAUUUGACAAACAGACGGAUAACACGCCCCCAAGAACUUGUCGAAAACUGCCCAACUCUGCAAGCUGCAGAGCAUGUGUCAUGCCGUACACCUUCUCUAGGUUUGCAGCGCCAUCUUGCCUAGUGGGACAAACACAAAGAUAAAAUGGAGCUAUUGCAAACCCCGAAAAGGCGUAAUUCGGCUUGAUAGUUUGGCAUGUGAUUACAUUUUAAGGUAGAUAAUUUCUCAAAUGGAUAUGUAUAAAGGCCCGGUCACACUACACAACGAUAAUGAUAUGAUAACCUGUAACACGACGAUUGGCAAGAAAAUUCUGUUACUGUCCACACUACAACGAAAAUGAUAAAAUUAUUGUUUGACGCUCUCUCGAGCAAUUUUUUUUCUUCAGUUGGAUGUUGAAUUUUUUACCAAUCAGCGCACAUAUACAAGUUAUCAUAUCAUGUGUAGUGUGACCGGGCCUUAUAAAGCAGUACUAUCUGGACAAACAAAUUAUCUUGACAUGGCAUGAUUUGUAGUUGGGGAUCAUAUUCAAGUUGCCACACCAAUUGAUGUUUUGGGUGGGUAGGUGGGUCAAGAGUAUUAUUCUGUGAUGGUUUCACAAAUUUCUAGGAUGGCAUAUCGAAGUAAGAGUGAAAGGGGUCAAAAGGCAGAACAACGAUUGUUGGCUGAUCCGUACGACACUGAGUCAUGGAAUGUCUUGUUACGAGAGGCUCAGGUGAGGUAUCAGCUGAAACAACCAUUUGAUUGUAUGAUGUUUUAGCCCAUAGCAACCAAGUUAUCUCCUCUGGGAGACACUACACCUUUUUGACAGUGGCAGACACUUUGCAAAAUUUUGGGGAAGCAAAUAUAAAUUGCCAACAUAUAGCCACUUUUUGUUCCCGAAAAUCUUAGUGCUUCAAACAUUUUUGUGUUAAAUUUCAUGUAAUAUUUAUAUAGCUGAAUUUAUAUAAACUUGAAAGGUUUGUGCUAGCGUAGGGCGUAAAAAAAAAUACCUGUGGUUCCGGUUUCAUAUCGUGAAAAAAUUGGGGUCGGUAGGUCGGAAAUAAUUUUUUUUUAAAAAUAUUUUUUUCAUGGUUUUGGCGGUUUUUUGCUGGGCAAUUUGCAGUAGAGUCUCGACAUCAAUAUUAACUAGAGAUGCCUAUUUCCUAUGGCCGAAUUUAGGUUAUUUGGUUCAAUAAUUAGUGUGACAACAGACGCCAUUUUGGCACGCUAUAUGAGCGGCCCGCAACCACCUGGAGAAAAUAGGGUCGCACAGUCAAUCGCAUUGAAAAAAAUAAUAGGGUCGGCAGAAAAAAAGUAGGGUCGGUCGGGAAACGGAACCACAAUUUUUUUUUUACGCCUAGGUAGUGACAAUAACGCCAGAAAUCUGUGGAUUGAAAGGGAUUUGACUAUGUGAAAAUACAAGUAUAAAACAUGUCAGGCUUCCCAUUGGGUUAUUCCAGCUAUGGACGAAAUUUUGAUCUAGACAAGAAGAAUUAAUUCCAAUUUAGAAAGAGCAUCUUAAAAUGAGUAAAUUGCAAAGUUUGGUUGCGAAAUGUUGUGAAAUGAGGAAAGUAUAGCCCUGUGAAGUUCACAAAUUCUGUAUAUAUUUGCGGUGCUCAUUCGAGGGCGGCGUUCUUUAAAAAAAUUUGAUCUCAAAUGCGGCACUCAUUUGGGGGCGGCACUCAAUCGGGGGCGGCACUCAAUCGAGUAAAUACGGUAUACAAAAUUUGCGACCUUCACAGAGCUAUAUUUUCCUCAUUUUACAACAUUUUGCAACCAAACUUUGCAAUUUUACUCAUUUAAGAUGCUCUUUCUAGGUAUGGUGUUGGAUUUCAUUCUUCUUGUUUAGAUCAAAAUUUCGUCCAUAGCUGGAAUCACCCUUUCGUCAAGGCGGUUUUCCACUAGGCAAUGUUUCUAUUGUUCAAAUUCCAAAGAUUUCUGAUUAGUUCCAUCUGAGUGAUUGUAAGAAAAAAGAAAAUUUCGAUUCAGUCGAAAAAUUUCGCCUAGUGGAAAACCGCCUUCAGGCUUCCCGACUAAGGCGUAAAAAAAAAAUACCUGUGGUUCCGGUUUCAUAUCGUGAAAAAAUUAGGGUCGGUAGGUCGGAAAUAAAUUUUUUUUUUGAAUAUGUUUUUCAUGGUUUUGGUGUUUUUUUUUGCUGGGCGAUUUGCAGUAUUGUCCCGACAUCAAUAUUAACUAGAGAUGCGUAUUUCCUAUGGACGAAUUUAGGCAAUUUGGUUCAAUAAUUAGUGUGACAACAGACGCCAUUUUGGCACGCUGUAUGAGCAGCCCGCAAUCACCUGGAGAAAAUAGGGUCGCACGGUCAAUCGCGUUGAAAAAAUAAUAGGGUCGGCAGAAAAAAAAUAGGGUCGGUCGGGAACCGGAACCACAAGUAUUUUUUUUUUACGCCUAACUUCCCAACAAAGGGCCUUUGCCCGAAAUAUUGAAGAUUCACUUGUAUGUUUCAGGUAGUUGAAUCCUUCUCAAUCCACAGCGUAUUUGUACUAAAAUUGACAUGCUUUUAUAUUCUAGACAUUGCCCAUUGCAAGUGGAAGACAGCUCUAUGAAAGACUUGUCGACCGGUUCCCAACAUGUGGCCGUUACUGGAGGCUGUACAUUGAACAAGAGGUUUUUAAUAUUUAAAUAUUUAUUUUUCUACAAUAUGCUUUAUCCUCACCAAAUAAUUGUUUUUUGCCCACAAUUUUUCAGGAAUGAUUUUUACCGUCUUGUUGAUUGUGCCCCAAAUAUGGUGCGGCCAGUGCUAUCAGACCGCAACUGUGCGUAGCUUUGAAAAUGUUACCGAAGGUUGCUUGAAAGCACAGCUAGUACCCGAUCAUAUUCUGAUAACUAACAUAGUUUUUCUAAACUAAUCAUAUAUUCAGAAAGGUUUAUAUCGUAAUACCUAGUUCCUUCAAUAAAGCACAAUUUGUGCCAAUUGUCGGUUAUCUGUAGUUUUGAAGUUACAGUUAAACGUAACAUCUGCCAUUUCAAACAAACUUGCUGUGUGGUCUGGUUAAUGUGUUUUGUGUUUUCAUUUGUUG